CCUGGCUCGAGGCACCCGGCAAUUGCGAUUGUAUGCCUGCACCGCACGGCUGGUGCGUCGAAUGCAUGGUCCCGGGCACGGCACCAAGAGAAAACACUCACUGCAUUCGCCGGUGGUUCACUCACAGCGGCAGCAGGCUGCCUGCAUGCACUGUGCCGCGCGCGCGGUUCGCAACUCGUAGCCAUGCGCAAACACAAAUCACACGCCGUCGGCGACCUCUGCAAGCGCGGCGUGACGCUGCCGUCCUGGCAGGCGCUCGAGGCGUCCCUCGCGCGAGACGCCGCGGCCACGCCACCGCCAAGCGACGCCGCCAAUGAUACCGCGAGCACCGAUGCCGCGCGGGCGCUCGCGGGCGACCGCGCGAAACUGCUCACCGGAGGCGCCGACGGCGACGCGCUCCGGGCGCUCGUGGCGCUGCUUUCGGGCGCAGUCGUGCCCGACGACGCGGCGGCCGCCGCGGGCGGCGCGCGCGUGCUCGCCGGCGACGACGGCCCGCUGAUCCAGGUUCUGGCGGCCGCGACGCUCGAUGAGACGGCCCGGGCGGCGGCGGCGGCCGCCUACCAAUCGAUGCGCCUGGCCGCGGGCUGCGAGCCCGACGAAGCCGACACGGCCGAGAACAUACUCGCGGCCGACAAGGUCGCCGCGGACACGGACGCGACGAUCGAGCUGUGAAGCUUGUAAUGUGUGUAGUAAGGAAGCAAAACUUAGACCUCUCAAGUC